GACCUGCUAAAUGAUCGUUUACCAUGUUAAAUAAUUUUUGACUUUCAAUUAAAUUUAUUAAUCUAACCUAAUUACCGAAUUAAACCUUCUUUCCCAACCUCUCUCUAACCCUUCCACAAUCACCACCAUUUCCCCACCCAACACCAUCACCACCACCACCACCAUUAAAAACCCUCCUAUUAAUAACAACAUUAAAACCCCUUCUUUCUUCUAUAUUUGACUAAACCCUUAUCUUCUUAAAUUCACCCAAUCCCACAAUUGCAGAACGAUUCCACCGAUCCGAAAAAAGCCCGCAAAUUUUCUUCUCAAAUUAUGGUUGCCCACUUCAUAAAACAAUUGAAUUAAACCCAAAAAUCAUGAGUGAUUGCGAAAAAACAAUGUAUGAAAAGGCAGCCUAUACACUUGCAUUUUUCAUACUUCUCACAUUUACUUACCUCUUCUUGAUUGGAACUCUUAAUCUAAGAGGAUUUUAUCUAACCCCAUUCCUUCAAUCUUUUCCUUCAAACCCCAUUUGGGUCUCACCAUUCCAGAGUUUAACACCAUUAAGAGUGUACAUGAUGAUCUUUCUAGGAGAUUUAAUAUUGAUAUGCUUCGAAGAAAGAAUACUGAUCAAACGCCUGUAACAGCAAAGACAUUUCCACCAUGGACUAAAGUUUCUGGGUUGAGAAAACAACGUAGUGUUGAGUUUUGGAUGAUGGCUUCUUUGUAUAUUGUGCUGAAGGAGGGGAGGGAAAAUAAUCAUGAGGUGAAAAUGGAAGCUGCAAGAAUAUUGGAUUCAGAGAUUUCUGAUGUGUUCUUUGUGCCCUUUUUCUCUUCUUUGAGUUUUAUAUUUAUGGGCAUAAUAUGACUGAUCCAAAUAAUGAGCAAGAUAAGGAAUUUUUCAGGGAUAGCCAAGGCGAAUCUUCGAGCAAAGAGUCCGGAGCUGAUGAAGAAAUUCAGCGUUCUAAGACUUGCUCAAGGGGCCAUCCAGCGACCCGAGGAUAAGCCUCUUCCCCUUCCUCCGAAGGACUCGGCGACUGUAGAGAAGGGUCUGGAGGACGUGCCCUCAGAGCAAGAGGCUCUCCGACUUCUCGAAGAGAGAAAACAAAUUCACAUCCCCGAUGAAUCUGAGAGGGUGAUUCCUCCACAGACAAGGGGGGUGAAAAAGAGUGGGAAGAAGAAGAGGAAGCGGGAUUCUUCUUCCCGCAAGGAGAGCUCGGCCAAGAGGCCCUCUGUGGGUACGAUCCCUACGGCCGUACCUCUCCGCAUAAGGUCGGUUGAUGAGGAGGCGUCUCCCCCUUCGGACUCUCCACGGCCAGCUUCGAACAAGGGGAAGGAGAAGGUGGGGGAGUCUUCCGCGGCUCCCUCAUCGCAGUUUGCUGAGGUUUAUCGUCGUCGGGAAGUUUCCCCUUUUCGACACGAGACACCCUUUCCGGAGUUGGGGCAUAAGGGCUUAAUUGUUCGUUUUAACAGGGCGACGUCCAACUUAAUCAGCAAGGUGGACGUCGACCUACUAGAGUCCAUGCCCCCCCGUGACAGGGUGCGUCAGGCACAAGCUUCGGCGGCAGAGGCGUUCAUACGGUUGGCUUUUGAGCUCGACGCAAACCGUCAAAGUGCCGCGGACCAGGAAACCAUUACCGCCCUUACCUCCCGCUGUGAGGAGCUGAAUGACGAAUUAUCAAAAUUGCGGGAGGACCUGCCGGGCCUAAAAGAGAAACUGGCCAAGUGUUCUGAGCUGAAAGAGCGCUUGGUCAGGACCGAACAAUGGCGGGAAAGGGCAAGGAAGCAGCUGGACCAGACCAUCGAGAACUUAGAUGCUGCUUCCACCUGGUCAGCGAGCCUCGGUCAUGAAGUCGGCUUGCUGAUGGAUACCCAUGCCAAGCUCGUUCAUCAGAACCAGCAACUCAUGCAGCAAGUAUCGACUGAUUCUGCCCACUUCAAGAUAAUCCUAUCCGCGGCUAAGGUGUAUAAAUUGUGUUUAACCAGGAAGGCCCGGAUGGCUCGAGAUUGGCUUCUUUCGGAUGAGCCGGAAGCGUCGAAGUUUCUUGGAGAUCUGACGGCGGAGAUGGUGAGAGCCGGAACCCUGAUCAGUGACGAAAAGUAUCGUUUGGCUGCCGCAGAGUUGGGCAUGGAUUUUACAUCCCUUCAGCAAACUGCUGAUCAGAAGGGAAGUGAAGCCUUGUCCAACCUUGCUCCUGUCUUGGACGGGGAGUCGGCGGUACUGGUCGACGCUGCUUGGGAUGCGGAUGAAAGGAGAGCCUGGUCCGAAAGGAUGGAUGCAGAGGCUGAGAGGGAGGCUUUAUGCCUCGACUUGGAUCAGCUGGCUCUCUCUUCUCCUCCGGCGUCAGAUGUCCCGGAAAACUUGACGCUCUCCAACCUGGAGGUUUUGUGCCUUGAUCUAUCGAAUCUUAUUAUUGACGAAGGUAGGAACCUCCAGGGCUUGUCCCGAGAGCUGUCCGAGAUCGGGGUGGAGCCGUUUAACGUUGAAGAUUAUGUAAGCUUCACUCCCAGUCUUGAAGAGGGAAGGAUCGAGCCUCCUCUGCCGCCGGAUCAAGACGUCGAGGCUUUUUUGGAAGAUGUAUAAUCUUGCAAUUUUGUAAUUUUGAUUUUUGCAAACAUUCAACUCUGUAUUUUGAAUAUUUUGAUGUAUAUAUCCCUGAUUAUGGAGUUUAUUCGUGGUAUCCAUGCUAUUAUUCGUUGAGCCGUGGCUUCUCUCUUCUGAGGCCGCGGAAUAAUACUUAGAGGACGUGAUUUUUCGAUGUCACGCGCAGGCGACAUCAAGGAAAUUUGUACUUAGAAUAUUUUCAGCCUUUAGACCCCAGUAAGGGGGUCCGACUUGUCGAUGUCCCGGUUGCGGGUUACCUUAGUGGGAGACUUGGGAUUUUCUUUUGAACUCAGGGACCCCAAACUGGGGGUCCGACUUAUCGAUGUCCCGGUUGGGAAACAUCAUUUGGAAUAUUUUGAACUUUAGGGACCCCAAACUGGGGGUCCGACUUAUCGAUGUCCCGGUUGGAAAACAUCAUUGUGAAAAACUUAGAAUAUUUUGAACUCUAGGGACCCCAAUCUGAGGGUCCGACUUUAUCGAUGUCCCGGUUGGGAAACAUCAUUGUGAAAAACUUAGAAUAUUUUGAACUCUAGGGACCCCAAACUGGGGGUCCGACUUAUCGAUGUUACGAACGGUUGUCAGAUACUUCAAGUGAUUUUUGGUCUUGGAACCCUAUCCUAAGGGUCCGACUUAUAGGUAUCACAAGUUCGUUAGUGACAAAAUAAUUUGAUAAUGGGACCCCUCUCAAGGGUCCGACUUGUGGAUAUUACUGAUUUAAUAAGAUUUGCAAAAGAAUUUUACCAAAUAUUUGCGAACAUAAGAGCCGGAUAAUCAUUAAUAAAACCUGUUUAUUAAUGAUUGUUAAGGAUACAAGCGAUGAUUGAAGUAAUUUUGAAUUACAACGCAAUUAUGUUGCGGAAUGACUGUAGUCGCGGAUUGGUACUGAUGAGUCUGUCACUGAUGAGGCUGUUUAUGCUGAUGCUUGUCGAUUGCCCCUUGCAAAUUUUAUUAAAUGAAGAAUUUUUUCAAAUGGUCUCCAUUCCAUGGUCGGGGUAGUUUUUUCCCUUUCAUGUCUUCUAGUUCGAAGGUUCCUGGUUUGACGACGUGGGUGACUCUGAAAGGUCCGUCCCAGUUGGCCCCUAAUUUUCCUUUCUCCACGAUCUUUCCCGUAGCUUCUAUUUUUCGGAGGACUAAAUCACCAAUUUGAAUGCGUCUGGUUUUGUCGUGGCGAUUGAAGCUACGGAUCAUCUUUUGUUUUUGUGCUAUUGAUCUCAGCAUUGCGUUUCCUCUUGUCUCUGGCAGCAGAUCUAAGUUUGCUCUUUUUCCUUCCUCAUUUUCGUCGUGUGAGUAGUAGGUGACCCUUGUAGAGGGUACGCCUAUUUCAACUGGGAGCACGGCUUCAGAUCCGUAUACUAAAGAGAAAGGUAUAUGCCCCGUUGCGUCCUUGAUGGUUGUUCGACUUGCCCAUAAGACGCCUGGUAGUUCUUCAUCCCAAUUACCUUUGACCCCCUCUAUCUUCUUCUUAAUGCCAUUCAGGAUCUCUUUGUUUGCGGACUCUACUUGACCAUUAGUUUGCAGCCUGGACACUGAACUGAAUCUGAUUUGGAUGUUAAACUUGUCGCAGUACUCGAUGGUGUUCUUGCUGACGAACUCCCUUCCAUUAUCUGUUAUGAUUACCCGGGGGAUGCCGUACCUUGUGAUGAUAUUCCUCCAUAUAAACUGACAGACUUGUUUGUCCGUGAUUGAGCUAAGGGCUUCCGCUUCUACAUAUUUUGUGAAAUAAUCAAUGGCCACAAUGAUGAAUUUGCGUUGCCCUUUUGCCGGAGGGAAGGGGCCAAGGAGGUCCAUGCCCCACUUGUCGAAAGGCAGGACGGCUUGCAUGGCGGUCAAGCAAUUAGAUGGCUUCCUUCCUAUCUUUGAGUGGUACUGACAUUCAGGACAUCUUUUGAUCAAAUACUCCGCGUCUUCUCGGAGUGAGGGCCAAUAAUAUCCACUUCUAAGGACUUUCCCAAUGACAGUUCGUACUCCUUGGUGUAUACCGCAUCCACCUUCGUGUAUUUCGCGGAGGAUAUAGUUUCCUUCUUCAAGGGAUACGCAUUUUAGGAGGGGGUGUGUAUAUGACUUCUUGUAGAGCGUUCCUUCGUGGAGUUCGAACCAUCCGGCUUUCUUCCGGAGCAUUUUGGCCUGACUUUUAUCUUGGGGAAGCGUCUGAUUCCGCAAAUAUUCGAUGUAUGGCUCAAUCCAUGUUUCUGAUCUGUCGAUGGUAUCGACCAUGAAGUUGAUGCUGGGGUUAGGAAGCACUUCCCAGAUUAUGUCUCGAGCCGCGGAUGUUUCUGCUGAGCUGGCAAGCUUUGCCAGGGAAUCAGCCUGGGCGUUCUGGGAUCUUGGAAUGUGCUCCAACGUGAACUUGUCGAAUUUUUGAACAAAUUCCUUUACUUGCUGCUUGUACAUUUUCAUGCUGUCAUCUUUAGCUUCGAAUUCCCCGUUCACUUGUCCAACAAUCAAUUGGGAGUCAGAGAAGGCGGACAAUUUUUUGGCUCCCGUUUCGUAGCAAAUUCUCAGUCCCAUCAAUAAUGCUUCAUAUUCGGCCUCGUUGUUGGAUGCUGCGAACUCGAACCUGACCGCCCUUUCCAUACGGACCCCGGCGGAAGACACAAUGAGGAGUCCAGCCCCACUUGCUGAUUGGGUAGAGGACCCGUCUACAUACAACUUCCAUUCCUGAUUGGGUUCAGGAUGAUAGGGGAGAGUGCUUUCAGCAAUGAAGUCAGCCAGAGCUUGGGCUUUGAUUGCUGUUCGAGGCUCAUAUUCGAUGCCGAAAUCCGCCAGCUGGUUUGCCCAAUCUGUGACGCGGCUUGACUUGUUUUUCCCUUCCAGAAUCUUUUUCAAAGGUUGAUCAGUCCGGACGAUGAUCUGGUGGGAUUGAAAGUAGGGCUUUAAUUUCCUGCUUGCCAUGACGAUUGCGAAUAGGACUUUUUCGACUUCACCGUAGUUUCCCUCCGAGCCACGGAAUGCAUGACUUACGUAGUAUAUAGGAAGCUGUUUCUUUUCUCUUUCCACAACCAGUACUCCGGAUAACGAAUAUUCGGAGACAGAGACAUAUAGGACUAGUUUCUCCUCUUUGAUGGGCGAAACUAGUUUUGGCAAGGUGGACAGGUGCUCUUUAAGUUGGCGGAAGGACUCUUCUGCUUCUGCUGUCCACUCGAACUUUUGUUGUUUUAUUGUUUUAAAGAAGGGUAAACAUUUAUCCGCGGACUUGGAAAGAAAUCUUCCAAGAGCAGCCAGGCACCCCGUGAGCUUUUGUACUUCUUUUACUGAGGUGGGAGAUCUCAUGUUCUGUAUAGCCCGGAUUUUAUCGGGAUUUGCCUCAAUGCCUCGCUCGUCUACCAGGAAGCCGAGGCACUUUCCUCCGGUAACUCCAAACACACACUUGUCAGGAUUGAGUUUCAUUUGGUGCCUUCGAAGGGUAAGGAACGUCUCUCGUAAGUCUUCGGCGUGCUGACUUGCUUGUUUGCUUUUUGUGAUCAUGUCAUCUACAUAUACUUCUAAAUUCCGUCCAAUCUGAGAUUGGAAGACCUUGUUGACCAUCCUUUGAUAAGUUGCCCCCGCGUUUUUUAAUCCGAAGGGCAUAACCUUGUAGCAAUAGACUCCCAUACUGGUAAUGAAGGCCGUGUGAGGUUGGUCUUCAAUUGCCAACGGAAUCUGAUGAUAGCCGGCAUUGGCAUCCAUAAAGCUUAAUAAUGCAUGGCCUGCUGUAGAAUCCACCAGAUGAUCUAUCUUUGGAAGUGGGUAAUCGUCUUUAGGGCACGCCUUAUUCAGGUCCGUGAAGUCGACGCACAUCCUCCACUUACCAUUCGGUUUUUUCACCAAGACAACGUUGGAUAGCCACUCAGAGUAUUUGCAUUCUUCAAUAAAUCCGGCUCUCAACAACUUCUCGACUUCCUCCUUGGUGGCCUCAGUCCGCUCUCUCCCUUGAUGUCGUAGCUCUUGUUUUAUGGGUUUAUAGCCUGGUUUGAUGUCAAGUUUAUGACACGCGACAUUGGUAGGGAUGCCAGGCAUUUCUUCCGUGCAAAAAGCAAAGACGUCGCGGAACUCAGCAAUGGUGGCCACUAUGUCCUGUUUGACCGUGUCAGGAAGAUCUUUCCCCACUUUGAUUUGUUUCCCUUCUAACAUGUCUACUUCCUCGUAUCGUUCUAUGGGGCGAGGCCUUUCAUGCGUGCUGAGAUUUUCCUUGUACACGCUCAUGACAGCUGGGACAUUGUCUUCCCUUUUUCUUUUUGCAGGUGUCUCGGAAGACCCGCGUUUCAGGGUGUUGACGAGGCAUUGGCGAGCCGUCACUUGGUCUCCCUUGAGAAUGCCAACUUGUCCAUUAUCUGUCUCGAAUUGCAGCAAGAGUUGAUGGGGAAAGAUUGCUGCCUUGAUCUUAUUAAUGAGUGGGAGCCCCAUGAUAGCAUUGUAGGGGAAGUUGAGAUCUACCACUGUGAACCGUAUGGGCAUGGUCCGGCUUUCACUUCUUUCCCCUACCCGUACGGGGAGAAUGAUCGUGCCCAACGGAAUGACCUGACUCCCUCCAAACCCAAUCAGUGGUUUGUCUAGGGGUUGUAAGUGCUUUUCCUCGAACUUCAUCUUUCUCAAGCACUCCAUUGUAAUAAGACCAGCCGUGCUUCCCGUAUCUACCAGCACCCGUCUGACUUUCAUUUGCCCGAUUUUAAGAGUGACCACCAGGGGGUCGGUAUGGGGUUGUUGCAGCGAUUGGGAGGUCGUGGCAUCGAACUUCAUGACCGGUCCCUUAGAUGCGGCCAUGGGAGGUCCUUUCAGCAAAGUGUGGACGCUGUUUUUUGCCGCGCGGAUAGUGGGAUAUUCCUCAGUGUAUCCCCCAAAAAUCAUGUUGAUAGUUCCCUGAGUGUCGGAACUUUCGCGUCUGGCUUCGUUCCUCUUGGGGGAUCGGUGUUUCUGUUGCCAUGGCCUCCUUUCCCCUUCUCUUCCAGCAUCAUAAUCUUUCCUGUUGAGGAACCUGGACAGUUUUCCCUCGUCAGCCAACUGAUGCAAGAUGCGCUUUAGUUCGCGGCAUUGUGCCAGAGUAUGGCCGUGCUCUUUGUGGUAAUCACACCACAGAUUAUAGUUGCGCCUAUCAGAGGGGGUGGUAACUGGAGGUGGAGCUGGCAAUUGAUCUCGAACAGCGAAGAAAAUGUCCCUCCUGUUUCGAUUGAAUGUGGGGUCGUUUCCUCCAUCUCCCAGAUUCCGCGUCCUAGUUUCUCCUUCUGUAAUAUAUACGUGUCGGGCUCGUGGAGGUCCCAUAUCAGAUGGCGGCGUAGGAUGACGCGGCAUGUAUUUCUUCUCUCUCCUCGAAGAAUGCUCCUCCCUGUUUCGUGAGGAUUGAUGGGGGGGCCCGACAUCUUUUUUCUCAAAUUUUCGCCUUUUCGGAUCAUGUGCUUGACAUGUCUCUGAGGCCGUGACAUAACUUUGGCAUUGUUUCAUGGCCUCUGCGUACAUCUUUACUUGACUUUCAACCAACUGGAACUUCAGCCGUUGGGCCUUCAUUCCGUUGAUUAGGGCGUUUAGGGCAACCGACUCCUCCAAAUCAGUCACUUCCAGCACUGCCUCAUGGAACUUCUUAAGAUAUGAGGAUAUGGACUCUCCUUCCAAUUGAGUGACACUGAGCAGGUGGAAGUUUGAUUUCUCCUGCCUUCUUGAGGCUAUAAAGUGGCCCAAGAACUUGCCCUCUAGUUGGGCAAAGUUGUGGAUGCUUCCUCCGGGAAGGGAGGUGUACCACGUCAAAGCUACUCCUGUAAGAGUAGUUGGAAAGAACUUACACCAUAACGAUGAGUUGGUGGUGUACAACAACAUAAGAUUCUUAUACGCCGUCAAAUGCUCCUGCGGGCAUGACGUGCCAUCGAAAGCAGCCAUGUUUGGUACCUUUAUUUUCCCGGGAUUGGGAGUAUUCAGUAUCUCUCUGGCCAGGGGAGAGACUAAUGAUAUGGGCUCUUCAGGAAGGACACUCUUGUCGUCCUCAUUCCGCGGCAUGGAGGUGGGAGUGAGGGGACGGCUAGACCCGGCGAGUUGUGCCUUCUUCCUUUCCUCCCUUCUUUUAUCUACCAGGGAUUGGACGCUCUCAGACGUCUUUCGCUUUUUGCUCUCUAUGAAGGUUCGGGCAUCUGGAGUGGCGGUUUUGGAUUCGCCAUCUCGUGUAUCUUUCUUGCUAUGGUGCGGGUAAGUUCUGGACCUUUCCCGCCUAUUUUUAUUGCGUCUACUGGAAUGGGAAGUCCUCGAGUUCCCGUCUUGAGAUUCAUGAGAUUUUGGUAUCUCUUGACGGGGCUCGAUUCGUUCCUCUAAGUUCUUUAUUUGGUUCGCCAUGUCUUCCAGUACCCGUUGUUGAGUAGGGGUAUUGUUUAUGACGGCGCGGAGUUGUUCAGAGAACGCGGCCGUGAGAUUUCGCGCUAGCAUGUCCAGAUCACGGCGAGUCACGGCUUGAUUAUUAGCGUGACCCGCUGAAGUGUCUGUGUCUGUGCUAUGCACGGUGGCGGUUUGAGUCGGGUUCUUCUUGGGAGUCAUGACUUCUUGUACAGUCCCCACAGACGGCGCCAAACUGUUUCGGUUUUGAAACGAGGAAGUGCGAGACACUUGAUAUACCUGGAAAUAAGCAGAAGUAUGAUCAAGAGAAGCGACUUAUGAGAGGAAGUGACCUGAAUUCCUGCGACACAACACGUUAGCCUUAUCCGGGGGGUGACCUCCCGGAAAACCCCUCCGACGCUCAAGUCAGAACGUAGAUCGGAAAUUAAUGAAUGACAGAUUGUAGAAUGAAUGCAAGAAGGCAGGUCGGGAUUGGGAUUGCUAGUGCUAGUGCUAGUGUUUGGGAAGGCUAAGGAAGUAAUGUAAGCAAGGAUACUAGGAAAGCUAUUUCAGAUGUCCUCUCCCCUCUGAUGGUUGUCCCUAUUUAUAAUGUUGAAGGAGGAAGUUACUUCAGAGAGGAAAGGUGGAAGAUCAUGGGAGUAAUGGGCAGCAGCUGGUGGUCAUGAAGGAAAGUAGAAGAUAGUGGGCAGUUAUCUACCUUGAAAGAAGGAUUAUCAAAGAAUGUGGGGGAGUGGGGAGUGGGGAGUUGGGUCAAACAGGAGGUUAUUAUUCUGGAGGGAAAUUAAGGCAUCUGAAAGUGAGUAGCUCAUGGGCCAUUCAAGGAGGAUGGGACAUUCAACAAAAAGCCCAUUGACCGAAAGUCAAGGUCAACAGAAAAGGUCAAAGGGUAUUUUGGUAAUAUGAUGAUAAUUAUUAAAUAAAUAAAUUAAUUAAAAAACAGUACCAUGACAGAUAUAUAUUUUAAAAAUUAUUGUUUUCAAUUUAUGCCUUAAAACUAAUAUUCUUAUAAUCUAUUUCUACGGAUUUACAUAUUGUGAAAUUAAUUUUACAAGUUGUGAAUUGAAAAGUUUAUAUACAUGUGCUUUAUAGAAGUUUAAGUAAUAAAAAUAUCAAAAGACAAAAGUUAAUAAAAAGUGUGUAGUUUAGUUGCUCACAAGUGUCCCUAUAGCUUCAAUACAAAAGGACUCAAGGUUCAAAAAUUCUACAAACUCAGAUGAGUGAGAAUGAAAAACAAUUUUAGUAAUUUAAAAGAGAAGGAGUAAAUGCUACCAACUAGGGGUGUGCAUAAAAAUCCGACCUAAAAUAUCUGAUAUUCGGUAUUCAAAAUCGAAUAUUUUACAAGGUUUUCACAAAUCGGAUAAUUCGGAUCGGGUACCCAAAUUUUAAAACCGGAUACCCGAUUUGGAUCACAUAUUUUUGAAAAUCGGAUGUACGGUAAUUUUUUUUUUUUGAAAAUAAAAUGAUUAGCCUUAGAGUUGAAUAAUCUUAAUAUAAUUGUUCUCUCCAUUUUUUUUAUAAUUGUUCUUAC